AUGCUCUCAUUUUUUCUACAUCCACCAACUGCGACGUGUUAUUCAUCUAUGAGUUAUGAGCGAGAUCCUCGUGAGUUUUGUAAGCGCGCUCCAUUGAUAAAUCAAGCGGUAAUCGAAGAAAUUCAAAUUUUUUGCAGCAUCUAGUAGGCAGCACCAACAUCAACAGAAGAAUAAAUGCUAUAGUUGUAUGUCGAGAUAUUAUGGUGUGACGUGGGAUUAUUUGGGAUAUUCGAGGAUUUAUGAAACACCUAAAAUAUUUACUGAUCAUUGCAGGUUAGACUAAGUUUUGAUAUUCAGGCCAGAAUUCGGGCUCACAAAGUUCAGGCUUGAAUUUUCUGAAUCUGAUAAAAAUAGAUUUCCGGGAUCAAAAUUUUGAAUAUAUGAUUUUUUAAUCCUAUUUUCUUUUGUCAUAUGUCUGGAUUUUUAUCAUGAGGUGAGGUGAUUUUAUGACGUGGAAAAUGAUGUCUUUUUUCGAGAUUUCAGAUUUUUAUGAGAAUAUUCGAUCCCAAAAAAAAGACCUCAAAACUUUGCCACGUCAUAAACCAUAUUCAGAACCUGGAACUCUUGGCCUCCAAUCUUAAAGAUCUGCUAACUACCUAUUCUGAAAUUUGUUUUUCAGAGAUCCAACAUCUCGCGGAGCCGAUGUUCCUUUCAUUGAAUGCAAAGAUCAAUCAAAUUGUGUGACAAUGGUUGAAGAUAUAAAAGCUGGUUCGUACUUUUCUCAUCAAUUUCAUUGGGCCAAUUUUCAGCCGAACUUUUUUUUCAAUUUCAAAACGCCUUUCCUUUGUUCUGUUCUCAUCUAAUUUAAAAACCGCAAAUGUCAAAAAUCGUCUUGAAAUGUGUCAAUCAUCCAACACCUGUGUUACAAUUUAUCUUUGGAGCAACAAAAAAAGUUUUUGUUUUUUUUUGAGCUCACGAAAAAAAUCUGAGGGACAUGGAAAAUUGGCUGUAUCUUGUGGCUGGCUGAUAGAAUUUCCUGAGAAAUAAGGAAAAAGGCGUUUGUGAAGAAGAGUUUCAGGGGAAAGAAAGGGAUACAGUAGAAAAUAAAUAUUGGGGGGAUUUGGAAUUUGAAAUUCAAAAUUGAUGAUUUCAGGCGUUGGCAACAAGGGAUUUAUACGUGGAUGUUUUAGCAACAUUUUUUUGUACGGUUUCAACAGAACAGGUGAGUUAGAAAUUUGAGCUACAGUACUACAGGUUACUGUAGACAAAUCAGGAUUUGAAAUUAAGACUCUAAAAAUUCUGAGAUCAAAAUUUCUCGGAGAUUUUGAAUAUUCAGAUUGUGUUGUCACUCGCAGAAUAUUGAUCUAUUUUUUUGCAGGUACUGUAGGCGCACUGGGCGCUCAUUCCUUUUGCCAUACUUUCAACUUAACACAACUUGUUAGCGCUGGAGAACCUAUAGAUUCUACAAUAAAGUGGGUUUUUGUUUUUUUGUGGGAAAAAAAAAACAUUUGGAAAAUUAGUAUGCUCUCCCAGUUUUUCUUGACCAUUCGAAUUUUUUUUUGGAAAGUUGAAAAACAAAUUUUCCGAGAAGGGAACCAUUUUCAAAUAAAAAAUAUCGGACUUAAAAUACGUUUCAAAAAAUGUGUAUUAUUUUCAAAUGGAAUGUUUAUACGUUUACAUAUCUUUCAUUGAUUUAUGUUGAAAAAUAAUUUCAAACUUUCGAAAAUCAAAAAUUUUCGCGCCAAAAUAUUAAGAUUACUGUUGAUUAACAGAUUUGUAGUUUGAAUGGAAUGCUUUUUAAAUAGCAUCUAUGUCAAGUAGCCGAGCCUAGGAAGUGCAAUUGUCGAGGAUCAGCGUCUAAAGAGCUUAGUUCUCAAGUAGCCGCCCCUUAAGAAUCUAAAUGUCUAGGACCCAAGUGUAGAAAUCCACUUUGGCAAGGAGUCAAGCUUAGAAAGCCUUGUUUACAAGUAGCCGCGUCUAGAGAUCGUAAAAUUCAAUGUGAGCAAUGCUUCAAAUCAUAUUUACUAUCAAAAAUCUAGAUAGUAAUUUAAAUAUUUUCAAUAAUUAGCAUAACAUGAGCAACGUCUAAUUCUUCUAGAAGUUCACAGAUCUCAAAAAUCCUCCGAACAUCCAAUUAUCUUGAAAAAGAGCACCUAGAACACUUUGCCCCGAAGGAAAAGUGCAAUUUAAUGCAAUUUAUAAAAAGUCUUCUCUUUUUGUCGAAAGUGACAUCAAACACAUGUUUCUUCUAUUAGAAAUAUGUAGAAAUCAAAAAUUAGAUAGAUGAAUGAAGUAUCAUUAAUUAUGAAAAGAUUAGGAGAAAAAGGGAAGGAAUUUUGAUAUUGAGAAAAAUGAAGAGGACAUCAUUAGGGAAACAACUACUUAUGUUAUGUUAGGAUGAGAUUGAUGAGUAGAGGGGGAAAGGAAAAAGAGUUCGUGGAAGUAUUUGGGGAAUCCGGAGAGAAAAGGGCUUUGGGGUCAGGCCUAUUAAAAAGACUAGGCUUAUCAAAAACCUAGGGCCUUUGAUUAGGCCAAAUUUAUAAUUCUGAAGAUCUAAAAUUAAAUUCCAAAUCUACAGUACCCCCCCCCCAUCCCGCCAUUUCCUACCGUACGAUUUUCCAGUGUGUGCUCUUGUCACGGACCUCUUUGCAAUGGUGCCACAAUCAAAUCCUCUGCUCUGCGUCUCCACAAUUCUCCUACAUUCUCUCAACUUCUCCUCAUUUUUACCGUGAUACUGAUUUUUAAUUGA